AAUAAGCGUCGCGAACGUGCUCGGAUUGCAGAUUCGAAGACGGGCCGAAUUUAAGUUCGAAUCCGAGCGUUUGCAACGUAACGCAACGCCAGUUUUUCGCGCCAACCCGACACUCGUCGACGAGGAAGUCCUUUUUGGUGGUGCAGGACAAUGAUUUCAACAUUGGUGAAUUAGUUAGGAGCAUGCGAGUCGACUACCUGUCGCAGCCAUGGACGUUGCUGUUCUGCGUCCGGAUAGCGAUCUUUCUCUCCAUCAUGUGUCUCAUCUCGAAACCGGCGGCAACCGUUAUCACCCUUCAGGACAUAGGGAUUGGAACUCUAGACUUGAUGGAUGUCACCGGGAUCCUGCAGGAACCUGCAGGAGUUAAUGUAUCCAUAGGACGAUGUGAUUGGAGCAAGGGAGCAUACGACAUUUCAGCAGCGGAACUUCUAACAGUUAACACUGCAACGCUAUUUCCAAAUGAAUUUCCUCAAGAUUUUUCAAUUCUCGUAGUAGCCAAGCAAAAACCAGGAAGCCCUACUUCCGCCAUACUUACGAUUUACAGUGAACUCGGCGACGAGCAACUCAUGUUGUCUCUAGGAGACGACGUAACCCUUCGUUACGGUAAUCUCGAUGUCGAGACUGUUUCAUUUGGCGUAAAUGUUUCGAAUGGAGAAUGGCAUCGUCUUGGAUUCAGUAUCAAAGGGGACGCCGUCACUUUGAUUUUUGAUUGUAGUCUUCAGAUAACAAAAGAGUUACGUAGAAAUCUUUCCAUACCCAUUAGUACAUCUGGAAUCAUUAUUGUUGGCCAACAAUUGACAAACACAAAUGUGUAUACGGGAGAGAUUGAGCUUUUGAAGCUUGCUCCAAAUCCAGAUGCAGCCUACGAAAUCUGUACAGUUUUUGCCCUGAAUUGCGGAUUCCAACAUCGCCGUCAACCGGGUCGAACAAUUUCGCACGACAGUCAUAUUCCCGAUCGUAUUUCUGGAUUCUCCAGCUCUUCGGACUAUCAGUCUAGAUUUCACGGAAGUUCUCCUGUCGAAGAAUUUCCGACUUCUAAUCAGCAGUUCAGUCAAUCUAGUGACACUGACGGUAGUAGCUUGGAGAUAUCUCCAAGUCAAUUAUACGGAGUCAACAGUGAACAGAACAAUAUGACGGAAAGGAGAGGAUCGGCUAUUUUACCAGCAGGAAGUUUCGGCCGACGAAAUUCAUCCGCAUCUUAUGAUCGAUCAAUUAAUCAAGAAUACGAGGCGGAAACAGAUGAAGACGAUGACUACAUUUAUGCACCCACAGGGUCUAACACCGUAGGCGAGCCCCCAACUACAGUAUCAUCGCCAAAUGAUACGUUCACCGAAGUUGAGAAAUCGACAACAGAAGAAUACGAUACCACCUAUGGCGAGAGUAGAAAUUCUGGUAGAACACCGCAAUAUUCACCGACCGAAAAAUUCGACGUCUAUGGUUACUACACCAUUCCUGGACCACCAGGUCCUCGUGGUUAUCCAGGGCCAGUUGGCGCACCUGGAUUACCAGGGAAGAAGGGCGAACCUGGAAGAGACGGUCUUUUCGGGAUGCAAGGUGCACCAGGACCUCCAGGACACGUUUUCAUGAUACCAAUGAACCAACAAGGAAACGAAAAGGGGCCAGAUUCGCAGCCCGAAGCCUUCCGGCAGAUGUUGUCCCAGCACAUGAUGUCCAUGCGUGGCACUGAAGGCCCGAUGGGACUGACUGGUAUCCCAGGGCCCGAGGGACCACCUGGUUCUCAGGGGCAAAAAGGUGAACCAGGAUAUAUUGGAGAACCAGGGCUGCGAGGCGAAAGAGGCUUGCCUGGAUCCCCCGGGAGGGAAGGACGACGCGGGCGUCCUGGACGGGACGGCGAUAGAGGUCUUACUGGUCCCCCAGGAAUGAGAGGAGAACAAGGUUUGCAAGGUCUACCUGGCCUUCCUGGAGAUAAAGGUGAGAGAGGCUUCCAGGGUGGUAAGGGGGAUCAAGGACUUCCAGGGCACGAAGGAAUGCAGGGAGAGGAUGGUACACCAGGCUUGCCAGGCUUACCUGGAGAAUUGGGUCCCAGAGGGUUUAUCGGUCCGCGUGGAUUUCCUGGACUGCCAGGGAACCCUGGGAUUCCUGGUAGUGAAGGAUCACCUGGGGCCAAAGGUAAUACUGGCCCUGCUGGUCAGCCUGGACCACCAGGUCAGUCUGGACCGAUGGGACCAGUAGGGGCUCCUGGUCCACAAGGAGUAAUGGGGCCCACUGGACUAGUGGGUCCUCAUGGAAAAUCCGGAAUGCCUGGACUACCAGGAGCAGAUGGUCCCCCUGGCCAUCCUGGAAAUCCAGGCAUGCCAGGUCCCAAGGGCGAGCAAGGUCCUCAAGGUCCGCAAGGACCAGUAGGAUUCCCGGGUAACCGAGGAGUAAAAGGUGACGAAGGCAAGAGAGGCGCAGUCGGCGAUCGAGGGGACAAGGGAGAACGCGGUAUGGAAGGUGAAAAGGGAGACUUAGGUACGAAAGGUGAGCCAGGACAAUCUGGACCUCAAGGUAUACCUGGCCUCGAGGGUCUCGAAGGUCCUAAAGGGUUUGAAGGACCACGAGGCGAAACAGGACAGCCUGGACCUCCCGGCGAAAAGGGUAAAAUUGGAAUACCCGGAUUCGCUGGUUAUCCUGGUAAUGCUGGAGAGAAGGGGGACAAAGGGCAGGCGGGUAGGUCUGGACCAGCUGGAGAUAAGGGUGAAAGGGGGAACACCGGAACGUCAGGCGAGCGGGGAGAAAUGGGCCCCAGAGGAUUCCGUGGUGCUCGCGGUCGGCGGGGGUCUGAGGGAUUACCUGGUCCCAAAGGGGAUACCGGUCAACCAGGACCACCGGGAGUCCAGGGAGAAUCUGGUCCUCCAGGUAUGGAAGGACCCCGUGGAUUCAUUGGGCUUCCGGGUCAACAAGGUCUUAAUGGCAAAGUUGGGAUUCCUGGGGCACCUGGAGAACGUGGGUCUGCCGGAAAGUCCGGGCCACCGGGACCACCUGGUGCCCCCGGUGUUGUUGGGCCAUCCGGCCCUUCUGGAGAACCUGGGCCGCCUGGAGAACCUGGAAUUCCUGGAAGUCCAGGUUUACCAGGAGAGUCCGGAAUGCCUGGCGAACAAGGCAAAGAAGGCCCACCUGGACCAAUGGGGCCUACAGGGAAAGAAGGACCUCCAGGUCAAAGUGGACUACCUGGUUUUCCCGGGGAAAGGGGAAUGAAUGGCUUACCGGGUAUACCAGGCUUGAAAGGAGAAAUGGGACCUCUCGGACCACCUGGUACAACUGGUGAUAAAGGUGCACAAGGUGAGCCUGGUAAAGAUGGCCCACCUGGGUCAGAAGGACGGCAAGGUCCGAAAGGUCCACCUGGAGCAGUUGGCGUCAAAGGUGAAAUGGGCGAACCUGGUUUACCAGGACCAACUGGUCGAGAUGGUUUACCAGGAUUACGAGGUCUACCUGGCCCUCCCGGACCCGUUGGAGUUCCUGGUGAGGAUGGAGAUAAAGGAGAUAUUGGUCCUCCUGGUGAAAAAGGGUUCAAAGGUUCGCAAGGAGAAAGUGGUCCAGCAGGUCCGCCUGGUAUACAAGGAAUGAGAGGGGAGCCUGGACCGGUGGGACCUUCCGGCGAAAAAGGACCUCCAGGAGAAAUCGGAAGGCAAGGAAGUAAAGGCGAAGAAGGUCCUAUGGGCGUUCCUGGCCCAGCAGGACCAAUCGGAUUGCAGGGUUUACCUGGACCAACAGGUAUGAAAGGAGAUAUAGGAGACGAUGGGCCCACAGGUCCAGUAGGGCCAGCUGGAACUCCUGGAGAACAAGGAUCAAGAGGGCCGAAAGGAAUUGAGGGUAUUCAAGGACCUCCUGGUCUUGAGGGUCGCCAAGGCGACAAGGGAGAGUCGGGGACUCCUGGAGCUCCGGGCCCCCCCGGUAUUGAUGGAAAACCGGGUGAACGAGGCGCGGUAGGGCCGAAGGGUGAAGAAGGCAAGGCUGGCCCAGCUGGACCACCAGGAGGACAUGGAAUCAAUGGGCCUGAAGGCCCGAAAGGAAAUGCAGGUGCACCAGGAUUCCCAGGGCCACCAGGUGAGCCUGGCAUAAUGGGGCCAAAAGGAGAGCCUGGUAAAGACGGAGAGGAGGGUCGUCCUGGAGAAGCUGGAGCAACAGGUGAAAUGGGAUCACCCGGAAAAGAGGGAGAGCCAGGACCACCAGGCAAACCGGGUCCCGAAGGGCCAGCGGGAAUGCAAGGCAACACAGGAUUGCCGGGUGAAAAAGGAGAUCUCGGACCACCAGGAGCCCCUGGUUUACAAGGACGGAUUGGGCCACAAGGUGAGCCAGGGCCACAAGGGUCAUCUGGACCUAGAGGACUGCCAGGUGCAGCCGGGGAGAAUGGACCGCCAGGUUUGUCGGGAGCAGCCGGUCAGCCUGGUAAAAUAGGAGCAUCUGGUCCCAGGGGACCAAAAGGUGACCGCGGACGCCGAGGACCAAAAGGUCAUCGUGGCGAACUCGGGCAUAUUGGAAUUAAGGGGGACCAAGGUGAAAAGGGGGAAAGAGGUGCGAAAGGGCCGGUGGGACCGGAAGGUGCGAAGGGCGCUGUAGGUCCUCAAGGUUUGAUGGGACCAAAAGGCAACGAUGGUCCCCAAGGUUUGCCUGGCUUGGAAGGUCCUCCUGGAUUAAAAGGCAUGAUGGGUGGGGAUGGUAUGAAAGGAGAUGCAGGCCCACCAGGUCCCCCAGGACCGCCAGGACCCCCUGCAGAGCAACUAAUGAUUCCACCGGAGCUCUUUUUGCGAAGGGAUGAAUUGACGAGUCGAAAGCGACGAGACGUCGAACCAAAGAAUGACAAGGAUGACGUCCAGGAUAACAUAAAUAAUCACAGCGAGGAAGAACUGGGGCCGAAAUUUAUCGAUAUGUACAGUUCGAUAUACACUAUGCGGCAAGAAUUAGAUCGCAUACGUAAACCAAUGGGUACCAGAGAAAAUCCAGUGAGGACAUGCAAGGAUCUGUUUUAUGGACACCCUCAAUUUUCAGAUGGUUGGUAUUGGAUUGAUCCAAAUAUCGGAAUGCCGGAUGAUGCUGUAUACGUUUACUGCAAUAUAUCAGCUUCAGGCGAAACUUGUGUGUUUCCCGAUAUGCACAGCAGUCAAAUGCCAAACAUUCCAUGGAGAAAGGAAAACGAACACGGCGACUGGUACUCAAAUCUUCGCGGAGGUUUCAGAAUAACUUACGAGAGCAUUGGCGUCGUCCAAAUGAAUUUUCUACGACUACUGAGCCAAGAAGCAUAUCAGAAUUUCACCUACACAUGCAUAAACAGCGCUGGAUGGUACAGUGUACCUGGAUAUAAUCACGACUUAGCUCUGAAACUUCUUGGUGAAAAUGAGGAUAAGUUUUCCUACGGUGGAACACGUCCCAGCGUAAUAGUUGACGGGUGUAAAACUCGCAAGAGUAAAAGUGAAACAGUGUUUGUAGUAGCAACUAAAAAACUAAAACAACUUCCGAUAAUUGAUUUCUAUCCAAUUGAUUACGGUUUACCUCAUCAAGCCUUUGGUUUUUCAGUAGGCCCGGUAUGUUUCAAAUAACCACGAAUAUCGUCAAAUGAUACUAGGUAUCACAUGUUACUCACAUAUUACUAGAAAAUUCCUAACUAGAGUAGCUGCAUAUCACAGAUAAAUGAAUGGCUAACUAAACAGGAUAUGCCAAUUAAUAUGUAUUAGGUAUGAUGUGUAUGCUUUUCUUCUGGUGUAAACUUUUAAUACCAAAUCAGUACUCAAAAACUCAGUGAAUCGAUCGGCAUUAACUGAUCUAUAUAAAAUAUAGGUUUACUUCGAAACCAUUAGCAUGAAGCUUGGCAGGAACAUGAAUGUGUAGAUAAAACUAUCAUAAUUGAUUAUUGAACACUUAAGGUCAUAAAAAUUCUUCCCGGAUCCAACGAUAUACACCUUAACAUUAAUAGAAUUAUUGUGUUUUAUGCAACUAGUACUUUCAUCUGUAGAUUAAAUGUCGUGUAAGAUAUAUCUGCUUGAGGUAAAGUCAAACUUAUUUUCAUUGAGACAAUUCAUACGACGUAUGCUUCAUCUUAAGCAAUGAUUUGGUAAAUGUAUUUUUCUGUCAGGCUAAUCUCUAGCCAAUUACAUGGCAAAAUCAUCUUUAUGGGUUGAUGAAGAUUCCUAAGAUGCGCAUAGUAAUUGAUUGACGUUCAUUUUUACGAGUAUGCUCGGCAUCUUUAAUCCUGAAUCUCCUAAACAUUAAACUCACCGAGAGAGAGAGAGAAAAAUUUGAGAUGUUGGGCUACCGUGUACUGAAGUGAUGAGAUUUUAUGUACAUAAGAGUGAAUAACUGGUAUUUAAUAGUUUGUAUGUACAGUGAUUAAAAUAGAUAUACUUAAGUUAUAAGAGGUGCAAAUUAAUGUAAGAAUUCUAAAUGACAGUAAUAUUUUUUAUUAUACGCAUGUAGUCUACCUUGUAGUUUGUCCGUGCUACUAUAUACACUCAGCUGUAUCAGAAAAUGCGAUGUUUAGACAUAAUUGUACAGUACAGGUCUUAUGAAUAUAAUAUAAUUUAUAGUGACGCAUUCAGCAACUGAAGUAAAUGUUAUAACCUUCUUACCCGAAAUUUUUUCCAUGCUGUAUUCAGCAUAUCAAAUGCUUAGUUUUCAUUAGCGUUUCGGUUUUCUAUCGGUAUUGGAAAUUGACAUGCUAACGAAACUACGAAAACAUGGCUGAGUAUUG